AUGCGCGAACUUCGAAAGGGGAUCCGGUUAAAAUUCCGGAACCGGGACGUGGCGGUUGACGGCAACGUUAGGGAGUCCGGAGACGUCGGCGGGGGUCCCAGGAAGAGUUAUCUUUUCUGUUUAACAGCCUGCCCACCCUGGAAACGGUUCAGCCGGAGGCAAGGGAAGUCGGCAAAAUGGAUCCGUAACUUCGGGAAAGGAUUGGCUCUGAGGGCUGGGCUCGGGGGUCCCAGUUCCGAACCCGUCGGCUGUUGGCGGACUGCUCGAGCUGCUUCCGCGGCGAGAGCGGCUCGCUGCGUGCCGGCCGGGGGACGGACUGGGAACAGUUCCUUCGGGAUCUUUCCCCGGGCGUCGAACAGUCAGCUCAGAACUGGUACGGACAAGGGGAAUCCGACUGUUUAA